GUGGAUAACCAGGUCAUUAGCAAAAAGUAGUUGGAUGAUAAAUACAUCUGACUUUAGCGGUGUAAUUAGUGCAUCGGCGUAGAGCAGGAAACAUGGCCGCUGUUAACAGUGUUCAGGUUAUGGCUUUUCUUCUGUGCGGCAUGUUUCUAUUUGGUGUCCUAAUGUUUCCAGCAAUUGAGGCAUGUCCACUGUAUUGCUAUGACAUAGAAUCCAUGACUUGCAACGGCACAAAAGUCAAUCCACCGAGUUGCAACUAUUGCCUGGCCGGAAAGGGCUGCACCCUUCACCUUGCCAAUGGAGUGUCAAUAUAUUGUUAACUAGUAAAUGAAAGUUUUCAGGCUUGCUAAUGUUGUGGCUUAAGUAGCUUGCCUAAAUAAUCAAAAUAUUUCUGAAAUUGUGUAGAAUCUUAUGUACUACAAUGUAUUGAAUAAGUUGGGUCAAUAAAGUCUAUUUAAGUUACAAGAA